CGCGACUUUGAAUGCGACUGCCAAUUCAAUGUACAGAGUACUGCUAAGGUGUAUCUGCGAUGCCUGCUGGCCUGUGAUCCAUCCUCAACCGCAUCUGCAUCUGCGUCUGUGUCCUGCUCAACUCAACAACACGCACCCUCGACCGAUCCUCGUCUCAGCAACGAACAACAACAGCAACAGCCACCCCUCUCCUCGAUUGACAUUGGUACCUCCAAUGACACUCUCCGCGGAUUGCUAGCAUCCAUCGCACGCGGCCCAGAAAAUACCAACAACGAAUCUUCCCCGGGACACCGAGACACCGAGCGACAAACGCGACUUCUCGAGACAUGGAAGUGGGUUGACUGGCACUGCUCCGACGUUGAUGUUAGCAGCUUCGGCCUGCUGUAGUUGAAGCAUCGCGCGACAACCACUACCGACAUCAUGCCGACAGACGGCGAACCGAAUCCAACGCCAACGGAAACGCCGAGUUUCAAUGGCACCUUCCUGGCAUACCUGAUCAUCUGCGGUGCCCUUGCCGUCUUCUUCCUCCUCUACUUCAACCGAGCCUUCGGAUCGCUACUGUCGUGGGGCAUACGAACGUACACUUGGCACCGCUAUCGUGUUUACAUCGACAUACAGGCACUCCAGGUCUCUCUCCUCGGGGGGCGCAUAUUCUUCACCGGCCUGCGAUACCACGGCAACAAUGAAACAUUUCUUAUCCAGCAUGGCUACGUUACCUGGCGAUAUUGGCUGCGACGGGUACGGGAGGUAGAUAUCAAAGCCUCGGCGCAGCAGCAAGCCGAGCAAGCAUCUUUAGUUACCAACGGGAGGCACUCGAACUUACCGUGCCGGGUGACCAUGUCCCUGGUUGGCCUGGAAUGGUUCGUCUACAACAGAAGUCCGGCCUACGACAGCGUCUUGGCUGGACUGAAAGAACCAACGGUAACUGCCGAGAACGUGACGACGGCCUUUGAGUCAAAAGAUGAGAGUGCUUCUCUAAGAAACCGAGGACAGAGGACCUCUGAAAAAUCAGAUCCGUCUCACGACUCUGCACCACACGAAAAGGAGAGCUCCGGCGCCGCCCUGUUGUCGAGACUAGGAAACACUUUCGGCCAUCGGGAAGCGUCGUCUAGCCAGCCGAGCACACCCUCUGAUGUGCCAGCAGAGCGCGACAACGCUGUCCAGUCGGAUUCCGAUCUUCCGUUCCUUCUCCAGCUCUUCCCCAUCUCUGUGACAUGCCAAAAGGCGGCUGUGGUUAUGGGGAAUGACAACACCAAGGCUAUCCUGAUUGUCAAAGCUGAUGGCCUUUCGGGAGAAAUAGAUGCCUCCAAGACAUCCACCCCGGAUCCGUACAAGCAGACCUUCAAGAUCAAGUUCCAGCACCCCAUUGUAGAAAUGAGGGAGAAUGACGAUUUCAAGGAGGAUCAAGCGUCGAGGGCAAGCCGCGAGAAAGUGGCUGCGCAGGAACCCAGCCCCACGUACAAGACCUCUUUUUUCCGGAGACACCGACGCCGCGCACUUGGAACAUUGCGGAAUCUCGUACCGUACUGGAGAAAAUCCGUCGAAUCCUUCUCGGUAGGCUCGCGAAGCCCAAUCACUACCGCCGUGUCGCAAAUCCCAGGCUCCAGUCAUUGGCAAGGCCUAGCUCGCUAUCUGGACGAGGAUGAACAAGAUUCGAGGCUUCGAUGGGCGGGUGUCGAAUACGCUGCCGAAUCUACAGUGGUGGACAGUCCAGAGGCAACAUUGACCAUCUACUGGGAUGUCGUGGGCAAAGUGACGUCUGAAGCCGCCAACAGACGCUCCAAGGAAAACGUGGUGACAUACAUCAACGGCGACGAAGCUCCCGCGUGGGGCAUGAUUCUUGCCAUCAAGGGCGGAGUGGUAAACUACGGACCCUGGGCCGAUCGUCAGAGGGCGGACCUCCAGCGUGUCUUUGUUCCCAGCUUGUCCAAGGACGCAGUUCCGGCAACCCCUCUGGCCGUGGGUGAAUAUCGAGUACCCACUCAAUUCAAAUUGUAUGUCGAGUUGGAUGACGAAGUGACCCUUCGAAUACCCAUCCGAGAAGACUCUAAGAACUGGAAAUGGAAAGGCAAGGAGCCCCCUAUGAAGGCUCCUCCGCCGCCGCAGAAGCGAAAGCAGAGGAACCGUGCAAAGAAGAACAGCAAGACUGACGCUGCGCCCAUUCGUCCGGGGGGCUGGCUUGAUUUCAUCGUGCCCGGCAACGCCACAAUAUCCUUCACCAUGGACAUGCUUGCCAGCACAACGGGAUACCAGAUGAAGCUUGAUGUCGACUUGCCUAGCACCGAGCUCGCGACCAGCGUCAACCACGAGCUCCUCUGGCGCUCAGGACCACAACGCAUAUCUUGUGAUCUGUCGACCCCACUCAAAUGGAACUCUCUAAGGUCAUGGUACUUCAACAUCAUCUCUGAAGACAUGGAGCUCUUCAUACUUAGAGACCACAUCUUCCUCCUGAUAGACUUGGUCGACGACUGGGCCUCGGGGCCUCCAGCCGAGUAUCUGGUGUUCACUCCUUUCAGAUACUACCUCAACCUUGACCUACGCAACGUAACUUUGUACUUGAACGUCAACGAUGGAAACAUCAUCAACAAUCCCACCGACCUCGAAGACAACGCCUACAUUGUAGCAAAAAGUCCGUCUCUUGUUGCAAAGGUCUGCGUUCCCAUCGACAAGUAUCGUCCUAGCUUGAAUGCCGUCUCGUUUGCCCUUGGAUCUGAGGCAUUCUCCUUGUGGCUUCACGUCCCGCCUUGGAAUACUCAGGGCACCUUUAUCGCCUCAAAGGAGAUAGGUCACGGGGAGAACUUUGAGGCUGACGGAAAGUAUCAUUACAACGCCACAACGGCACCGUCCAACAUUGACACCUUGGAACUGAACCUUAGCCUGCAGUCGCCCACGGCAACGCUAUACGGCUUCAUUAUCCGCUACGUUAUGAAACUGAAGGACAACUACCUCGGUGACGAUAUUCACUUCAAAACACUUGAGGAGUAUCAGGACCUUUUACGACUGAAAGAACGCAAUCCUGACGCGGAGCUGGCCAAUCGCCCGCCCCCAAAGAAGACCAAUGAUUUGGACGUGAUCCUGGGUAUCAAGAUUGAUGACCUCCGCCUCCUACUGCCUUCGAAUCUGUAUUCCAGCCAGCGACAUGUCCAAAUCGAAACCGCCGGUCUCUCGCUCGACCUCCGAUUCACCAACUACUACAUGGACUUACAGGUUAACCUCAACCCCCUCAACCUCUCCCUAGGGACGACGGAGUCGGGCAUGGAAACACCGAUUAGUGCCGUGUCUAGCACGCAGUUGUUUAUCGACGGUUUGACAAUCUAUGGUCACCGUCUCUUUGGCCUGCCCCCAGCCGAGCCAACCUACCUUUGCAACUGGGACAUCUCCGUCGGCACUGUUUCGGGAGAAUGCUCUACCGAUUUCCUGGCCGCCCUAAUGAGCGCAGGCAAAGCAUUUGCGUUCGAAUUUGACGAUGAUGAGAAUGCGCUGAUCCCGCUGUCGUCCAUCAUCGUGUACGACGUGACCUUUUUACGGGUAGCUGUUGAGGCUGUUCGAGUCUGGUGCCAUGUGGAUGAAGCAGCCUUUCUGUUCUCGGCCGGUGCUCUCGAUGUCAAAUUCAACGACUGGGCGCGCACGCACUACUCCAGACGAGCUGAUAUCAGGGUUCCUGACGUUCAGGUUUCGUGUGUCAAUUCAGAAUCAGCAAUGAGGCACAGGUGGAAAUCCCACCAUGGUGUCGAGACCGAUGCCUUCUUGCAAGCCUCUAUCCGCGUGGCAAUCAUCGGAAGGAAGUUACACUUUUCCGAGGAGCGCAAGUUGCAGCAGGAGCUCAUUCGUCGCGAGGAUCAAAGGACUGGGCGCACCGAGUUUCUGCUUCUGCCUGGGCUUCUGGAGGAGACGCUCACCGAUCAGCUCGAUCCGCCCGCCCAAGGCUUCCCACCGGUUCCCAAUCCAACGGUAUUGGAUGUUGCCCAGGGUGACCAAAGAUCCAUUGACAGUCGAUCAACGUUCAGCGCCUCUCGGCAACUUCGUCACAAGAGUUCGUUCUUGUCCAUAGCCACCACUUCAAGCACUAGUAGUGUAGUGCGGCCACGAAGCUCUGUGAGAUCACGGGCGAAGUCUAGGCAGUCGGACUUCCUCUAUCCCGGCAGCCCGGAAGCUACGAACCGAGGAUCGCAACACCAGCGAGACGUUUCUACAUCGACCGGCCGCCACUCCGCGUUUUACAGUGCCAUUGGCGACUUCCGAGAUGCAAGCCACCACUCGUCUGUGGCUUUUUCGAGUCAGUUCUACACCCCGCCGUUUCCUCUGGAGGGCAUUCGGCCCAAUACGUCCGAAGCCGUCAUGCAAAGCAUCGAAGAGGAUGACAAUACGUCCGCCUUUGGCUUUCCAGAGUUCAGCCUGGACGAAAUUGAUGCCGAAUCUUUGCCCGAGGAUCGUGCUCAUAAUAGCAUCAUUGUCGAGAUUCCAACCGGCGUCACUGCGUUCCUGAAUCCCUCCGCUGUCAAGAACGUGUCAUUGUUGCUUGCUGCUCUACAACCGAGUGAGCCAGACAAUAUUCUCGACAGCCUGCAAAUUUCCUCAAUGACCGACAUUUUCGACUUGCAGAAGAAGAAGAAGAUUCCCGGUGAAAUCACAGACGUACUUCUCAGGGUUCCGAAAGCCAACAUCAGGUUUUUGAAUGCUUCCACCAUCGACCGCCUCGACCCCGGCGGGGAGGAACAGGACCAGUAUGAUGUGACAGUAUCAAAGCUGUCGCUGUGUCUUCGAUCCACGGAUGUCUGGGAGAAUCCAGCGGAGCCGGUGAAGAGCAACAAACGAACAUCGGUUCAACUGAAGCUCGACUCUGCCGAGGUCUCCGCGUCGGAACGGCUUUCGGGUGCCGAAGAAAACCAGGCAGCCUUCAUGGCCCAAAUUGAGAGCGUGAUGCUUUCGCUGGGUUCGAAGGAUGUCACUUAUAUUGACGCAGAUAUUGGCAGCAUCAAGAGUAGUACCGCAUCGGAAAAGAUCGAGUACCUUGCAUCGCUCAUCCACAGGACCGGGGUUGUUGCUUCAGAACUGGGGGAGGUGCUGGGGCAGACAAUGUCCAGGCACGAGAAUCGAGUCAGAUAUUUCGUCCACCGUCUCAUGGCAGAGGGACAUUCAGUCGGCGACCCUUCGUUCUUGACACGCCCGUCGGCAGUCUUGAGAUCUGCCACUGAGCAUCUGCGAACCUUUGACUCUUGGAAGAUGACGGCAAGACUUCGCCAGAUAUGGACACACAUGCCGGCAAACUUCAAGGACGACCUGCAACUCGAUUGCCUUUCUGGAUCGGUAUCUCCGCCUUCCGAUGCCUCGCAACGGGUCAUCGAAGCUUUCCAACGAUGGCGUAGCUGGGACUUAUACAACGUGGCUGAUUCGUCGUUGAUCAAGAACGUCUUCGGGACAGUGAAGGCCGACGGCAAAUCUGAAUCGCCUGACCUCCCGAUCUUGGCGGCGCUCCGGCUGAAGGAUGUGCAGCUACUCCUGGACCCGGGCCCCAAGGAGAACAGGAUCGUGUUUGCCGAUUUGACGACACGACUGGAGAAGAAGACAGCGCCCCAGUCCAGUGCCACGGAGACGAGGCCGAAAAACACGACUGUCUUGAACAUCUACUGCGGGGAGGCAGCUGUCAUGCUCAACUGGGAGCUGUGCGAGCUUGCUGAAGACGUUCUCCGCCUCUACAACAAAUCCAACCUAGCAACCAAACAUCGUUCGGAUCCUAAGGAGGACGCGUCAGUAAACAAACCGAAGUCCCAAGAUACCAUCCAUGUUGUACUGGCGGUCGGACGAGGCUCAGUGGAGCUGGAUACUGUCAACCUCAGCGCCACGUCACUGGGUCACAACAUGAAGGCGUCUUGCUUGCUUGACGGCUAUGAGAAAACUGGAUCAUCCAUUAACUUCAUCCUCAGCUGCGAUGCCGUGACGUCGCGAUUGCACCAUCGAUCCGAGCUAUUGGGCAUGUUCCAGCUCAGAGACCCGAGCGUCAUUGUGUCUCAUGAGCUUCUCGAGACAGAGACGACAUCAUGUCACACAAUCAAAUCAACGGCCAGCAGUCGCACCUUCACUCUAGCAGUCAAGAAGGAUCCCCUGUAUUUGAUUGAGGUUGUUGACUCUCUAGUCAAAGACGAAUUGACGCAGAUCCACAAGCUCCAGAGACAGCUCCCGGAAUCGCCAGCACCCCCGCGUAGAAAUAGCGUUAAGAUCGCCGAACGUCUCUCGUCGUUCCGAGUUAACAUCGCGAUGUUUCUAGACGAGUACCGUAUCAGCGUGCCGUUGCUGCAGUCUAUGACUUACAACAUCUCAGGUGUUGUGUCGCGAGCAGCGGUGGCCGCCAACUUUGGAAAGGAGCUCAUUUUUGACUUUGAUGUCAAGGAGAACUCCCACGAGAUCCGGAUGGAUGUUAGAAACCAACCACGCAGCAUAUCGCUUCUUCGAAUCCCACCGACCAACGGUCGGAUUGUUAGUCACAUGGGGCCAGGGGAGCACUCUGUCUCCGUGUUCGGUUCGGUUGAGCUGAUGCAGCUGGACGCCUCCGCCGUGUACAGUCUGUUGACGGCUUUGAACCGACCGCAGAUAUCAAGCGCCAUCAGCGAGCUACAAGAAGGCACAAAAGCGAUUCAGGGGCAUAUGAGUGACAUUUUUGGCGACACAGCGUCCCUCAAAGAAACACCGCCGUCAGAGCCGGCGUCGAACCUGGUCUAUACCGUUCACCUCACUCUGGCCGGCAUCGAGGUCUUUGGAAAUACGCCCCUCGUCUCGGAGAAGGAUCCUACCGCGUGCCUGUCCUUCAAACUCGAUAGAGUCCAUCUGGAAGUUGCCAAUCGCCGCGAUGGCCAAGGUCCCAUUUUGGCACAGCCACAGUUGCAUAUCAACCUGCGCCAGAUCCUGAUUGAUGUACAGAAGGGCAGGGAUGGCACCAUGCGAUCGUGCGGCAGCCUUGCUCUGGGUGCUCUCAUCUCGGCCAACACGCGAUACACGGAAGACGGCAAAGAAGAGAGGUCGUUCAAUUUCAGAAGUGACGGACUGGAGAUCAACCUGUCGCCAGAGACCGUUUCGACCGUGGUUGCCGCCUUGGGAUACAUGGGCGAUAAGAUCAAAGACCUCGACACGUCACGCGAGCUCGAGUAUCUGCGUAAGAUCCGGCAAACAAGGCCGCGAAUCGCCAUCAACGAUCAGGAAGAAGCGGAGGAGCCCGACAUCAUUGAUUCCUUCUUGUCUUCCAUUGUCUACCGCUUCGAGGUGCGCGACACGCAAAUUGCCUGGCUCGUCGGCGAUCCCUCGGAUGACUUGCUUCCAUUGGCGAGCAGCAAAGAAGAUCUCAUCCUGUCGGUGCAGCUUGUCAGUUUCGGAACGCGCCAGACCAAGUCAGCCAGGCUCACAAUCGAGAACUUCCAGCUUCAGAUGGUCCCGCCUGGUCAGGACAAAAGCCUCAGGUCUCUUCAUUCGGCGUUACUCCCCGAAGUCAUCUUCAACAUUGCCUAUGUUUCCAAUCCGCACACUCGUAGUCUUGCGUUCCAAGCAGUUGGCAAAUCCCUGGAUCUUCGCUUGACAUCGGGCUUCAUCAUCCCCGCCGCGAUCCUCAAAGACUCCAUUAGCCUCUCGAUACAGAACGUGCAGAGAGCCUCCCAGAACUGGAGCACGGGGAUUGUGCCGGCCAAGGUCGAAAAGGUGGACAAAAUCGAAGAGCCGACUCCACCACAAAGAAGCAUACUUGGUACGAAGCGUUUGGAGUCUCUGUUGGUCGACGCAGACUUUUCCGGUGCCGUUGUGUAUGUUUCGGGCAAAAAACAGCCAAUAGAUGGAUUGCGCGGCAACCCCAGAACCGGUCGACCGUCUCUGGCAGGCAAAUACGGCCAGUUCAGCACGGAUGACACCGGCAGCAGCACCGUUCUCCGAUCACCAGGUUUGGCCUGGAAACUUGAGUACCGAGACAACGGACACGAGGACCCCUCACUGUACGGCGAGAUCAAGAUUGAUGCCUCGAGCAACGUCCUGUACCCAUCCGUUGUGCCACUCAUCAUGGACAUGACGACCAGCGUCAAGGAAGUAGUAGGCAAGGAUAAAGAUACGCCGGCUGCCGCGCAGAUGCCUGCCGCCACGAAGCCGAAGCCUGGCAACGAGGAUAACAUCCUCACGGCCGAUCCGAACGUAGUCAUUGGACGUUUGAAGCUGAACCUGGGACUCCGAAUCUGUCGCCAAGAGUUCUCGCUAAGUUGCCAGCCCAUUGCACGUGUUGCGGCAACAACAUGCUUCGAAGACAUUUACUUUACCGUAAACACUGUGCGUUCGCAAGAACAAGGCAAUUUCUUCUCCAUUUCCGGCGCCUUCUCCAAGCUACAGGCAUCAGUCCAGCACGUCUACUCUCGAGAGUCGACGGGUAGCUUCGACGUCGACUCGAUCGUGCUGUCUUUGAUGAACAGCAAACACGUCAGCGGAACGAGCGGCGUAUCUGCCAUACUCAAGGUCAGCCCGAUGACUGUCUCGAUCAACGCCAAGCAACUCCAGGACUUCUUGCUAUUCCGCGAAAUCUGGUACCCCACCGAGCUGCGGAACACGUCGACAGCUCCAGUCGCCAAGAUGAACACGGAGGCUUCACAGGGCCACUUGGUGCAGCGGUAUCAACAGGUGGCCGCCACAGCAGCGUUCCCGUGGACGGCCACCAUAUCGAUCACGUCUCUCGAUGUCAGCGUUGACAUGGGCCAGGCGAUUGGCAAAUCCGUCUUCGCCAUCAAGGAGUUCUGGGUUUCGUCAAAGAAAACAUCCGACUGGGAGCAGAACCUGUGCCUCGGAUUCGAAAAGAUCGGCAUAGACUGCACAGGCAGACUAAGCGGAUUCAUCGCUCUCCAGAAGUUCCAGCUGCGAACAUCGAUUCAGUGGCCGGAGCGAGAGGCGGCGCUCAACGAGACGCCCCUCAUCCAGGCGUCUGUCGGGUUCAGCCAGUUCCGAGUGAAGGCAGCAUUCGACUACCAGGCCUUCCUCGUUGCCGACAUAACAUCUCUCGAACUCCUCAUGUACAACGUUCGUCGCAGCCUCGAGGGCACAGGAGACCGGCUCGUUGCCAUUUUUGACGGAGACGCGGUGCAAGUCUUUGGCACCACAACGUCGGCAGCACAGGGUGUCGCGUUGUACCAAGCAUUCCAGAAGCUCAUACAGGAGAGGCGGGCCAACUUUGAAAUGUCUCUGCAGGAGAUUGAGAAGUUUAUGAGGAGACGGUCAUACCAAAACACCGUCGCGUCUCCCCAUCUCACAAGCGCGCCCAAGUUCCGGGAGGAAGACACGUUAUCCAAGUCUCCAAUCUCGCUGGAUACGGAUGUUGUGGUGACGCUCAAGGCGUUGAAUUUGGGCGUAUUCCCAAGCACCUUUUCCGACCACCAGGUGUUCAAGAUGGAGGCAUUGGGCGCGGAGGCACGAUUCGCAGCCAGCAUCGAGCAGCGGCGCGUCCACAGCAUCCUAGCACUCACGCUCGGCCAAUUGAGGAUCGGUCUCGCGGGGGUCAGGAACAUUGAAGCGCCCAAAACGCUCAGCGAGAUAUCGGUCGAGGAUGUCGUUCAGAGGGCCACGGGGUCGCGCGGCGGAACGAUCCUCAAAGUACCAAAAGUGGGAGCGGUGAUGCAGACAUGGCAGACGCCCAAUCGCAACCGGAUCGACUACAUCUUCAAGAGCGCGUUCGAGGGCAAGGUCGAGGUGGGAUGGAACUACUCGCGCAUCAGCUAUAUCCGCGGCAUGUGGGCCAACCAUUCCAAGUCGCUGGAGCAGACCUGGGGCAAAGAGCUCCCGCUCACAGCCAUCAAGGUGACAGGAGUGCCGGACACGGAAGAGCAACAGGGGGGCGGGUCAUCGCAGCAGAAGAUCACGGCCGAAGUCACGGUGCCGCAGUCCAAGUACGACUACGUCGCGCUGGAACCGCCCAUCAUCGAAACGCCACAAUUGAGAGACAUGGGCGAGGCCACGCCACCGCUGGAAUGGAUCGGGCUUCACAGGGACCGGCUGCCUAAUCUGACGCACCAGAUUGUCAUUGUUGCUCUGCUAGAGCUGGCCGGCGAGGUGGAGGACGCUUAUUCCAAGAUAUUGGGAUCGUGAGAAACGAGGAGUCCGGCGUUGACUCAUUCGGCAUGGCAUAAGCAAAGCAUCGGGGACAGGCAGUCUUGCUGGCGUUGAGGCUUUAAGGGAGUUGGGCUUUUUAGAGGUCUGAGAGUAGUGUAAGCAUCCUCAUAAUGGAGCAAGAGGAGCAUAUCACAGGUGGAAUAACCGGGACCAAGAAAGAUGGUCUACCGACUAAGUUAGUAAUGUUAUCCUUGGCGACUGACGAAGUUUAUCCAAAGUGAUGCCCUCGGUAUACUCACCGAGAUGAUUCACGUGUCUGACGAGCAGGUUGAUGCGGCUGGCCGGGGACUCAGAGGGCAAGCUUGUACCUGCGUAAGGUAAGUGGAACGCCGGGGACGAGGCAGUCAGCCACAGUAAAACCGGUGAACUCGGUGACUAAGGUAAGUUCAAAACUUGAAGUGGCGGUGGUGACUCAAAGCUCCGGCCGGCAGCGACG